CCUGUUUUAUAUACUUGGAGGAGGAGGCACUAAGCAGCGCAUUCUUAUAAAGCAGCAGCAAACGCACAUUACUCAGUUAACCCGGAACUCACUCACCACCGGCGCUUUAUUUUCUCCGAUCUUCUCACUCGAGUCUCAUUUUAUUAUUAAGGUGAGACAUGGAAGACGUGAUAACAGAUCUUCCUCCUCCUUCAAGGUUCUUCCUGGAUGAUCUCAAUAAUUUUGCUCCACCGCCAACUACUCUUCCUUCUCCAUUUCUGGUUUUUUCAACCCCUAAACCAAACAAGCCCCUUUGUCCCUCUCUUUUAAUUUUUGCGCUGUCCUCUCCUUCCCUGAAUUUUCUGCACCAUCUACCUUCUAAAGUUCUGAUUGGAACAUUAGUCCUCCCUGAGAUUCCCUUCUCUGGCAUCUCACUUGAACCAUCUCUCACAGACAAAUCGUGCAACAUUUAUUCCAUCAACAAUGCAGGGAAAAUGAUUAUAAUUGUAUCUGUACAAUAUGCUGUUGCUGCUGAGAGAACUCAUGCUGUUGCAAAAAUGCUGAUCGGCAAACAUAUAAUUCCAGAGAGGGUUUUGAUAUUGGAUUCCCUUCAGAGUCGCAACUUCCGCGGCAAGCUCCCACCAGAUGAAACUUUUGCCUUGAAAUUGGAGACAUCAAUGGAAAGAAAAUUGCCCGAGGAUGAUCCUGAAGAAUCACAAUUGUUGAAAAGUGUGGGUUACUUUCCUUCGGGAAGUGUUGUAGAUGGCCUGGCCGCUGCUCUAUUGAGUCGAUGUGAGAUGGAGAAGCUCAAGGGAACUCUUUCUGUUUCAUGGCCUGAAUCUGGUGGUUCAGUUACUUCGCUAGUUAGGUCUCUGCUGCUUAAAGAUGUCUUACCUGGUCUGGAACUUAGUAUUAAGAGUGAUGAUGAGGACAAAUAUAUGAGGUCUGGUGUCCUUGAUCUUGACAUUUAUACCUGAGUCAUUUUGUUACCCGACACUGAACCGCUCUUUCCCUCAAUUCCUUUAUAAUGGGUUUCAUGGUCAUAUAUGUAACUUAGACUCUUUUUACUGUUUAUCUAGUUCCACAGGCCUGGUUUAACCAGGUCCUUGAACAAGGGUGUUUGUUUUAUGCUUCUUUCCAGAGUCACAGUUGGAGAGGUUUGUUGAAUUAUGAAAUUUAACUCUAGUUUUAUCCAU